AUGGCUGCUAUCUGCCGGAACCGUGGCGCGAUCGUCGAUGUCUUCCUUCCCAUUCUCCUGGACAAGGCAGCUGCCCUCGGACCGGAGGUCAUGCCGGGCAUUUUUCUGCAGUUCAAGCUUCGGGAGCUUGCAAGGACGCCGUCUGCGUAUAUCAUCGACGAGGAUAAUAUCAGGUUCUUCUCGAGGGACCCUGCCGAUGGGGACGGGCAGACGUUGCGUCCGUAUAUCAGCUUGAUCAUGGAACUGGGAGUCACCAACCCUCCUUCGCUACUGCAACGAGAGCCCACACGCCAUCAUUCGCAGACGGCUGCUGUACCAUCCAAGCAGAAGCAUCAGUCUGGUAGUCCUCCGCCCAUCCAGGCGUCUCUUCUGAACUUGGACAUCUUUACGGAUUCAUCUCGAAGCUACAAGAAAGAUGCGCACCCGCGACAUAGUUUGUACGUCUAUGGGUGCUCGCCCUCGGUUUACAAGGUCAUCUCGGAACCGGAGCGUCCUCUCUACAAACUCAUCCUGCGCAGCGGAGAUCCGCUCGGGGAGCACUCGCAAAAAAAUGACGAGACGCUGUCUGCAGUUUGGAAUCAAAAGCCCUUCUUUGCUCUCCGGCACGGGUGCUGGGACUGGUUGCAGAGUGCCCAUAUCCAGCCCGGCACGCCGGGCGGGAUCGUCGUUUACGAUCGAGUUGAGAAGGAGGCCGGAUAG